GAGAAGUUCGUGACAAAUCAAAUUUACUGUAAGUUCGCUCAUCUCUAAUCCGUGCAAUAAUAAUAUACAAAGUUAUACGUGUCCUGCCGCUCCGGAUCAUUGCUCUCCAUCACAGUCAUCAUAUCCCCGGGGUGUCCCCGCCGCUCCGGACCAUCACCGCUGUCCUGGAUCGUCUCUCUCCAUCGCCGACAUCACAUCCCCGGGGUGUCCCCACUGCUCUGGACAAUCACAGCUGCCCUGGAUCGUCUCUCUCCAUCGCCGACAUCACAUCCCCGGGGUGUCCCCACUGCUCUGGACAAUCACCGCUGCCCUGGAUCGUCGCUCUCCAUCGCCGACAUCACAUCCCCGGGGUGUCCCCACUGCUCUGGACAAUCACCGCUGCCCUGGAUCGUCGCUCUCCAUCACGGUCAUCACAUCCCCGGGGUGUCCCCACUGCUCUGGACAAUCACCGCUGCCCUGGAUCGUCGCUCUCCAUCACGGUCAUCACAUCCCCGGGGUGUCCCCACUGCUCUGGACAAUCACCGCUGCCCUGGAUCGUCGCUCUCCAUCACGGUCAUCACAUCCCCGGGGUGUCCCCACUGCUCUGGACAAUCACCGCUGCCCUGGAUCGUCUCUCUCCAUCGCCGACAUCACAUCCCCGGGGUGUCCCCACUGCUCUGGACAAUCACCGCUGCCCUGGAUCGUCUCUUCCUAUCGCCAACAUCACAUCGCUGCGCACGCCGCUCCUAUUGGAUGACAGGACGGCGUGCGCAGUGAUGACGACAAAGGAGAGCGACGACAAUGCAGUGGAGCAUGAAGAGAACGGUCUGGAGGGGCGGGGACAGGGACAGCUCCUCUGUAGGUCUCAUGGCUUUCCGGCGGGAGCAGAAGGCUCUGCGGUAUAUCGAGCGCGGCGACGUCCUCCGCCUGAAGUCUUACAUCAGAAAGCAUCGCCACCUACAGCUGGAUAAAGCCAUCCCGGGAGGGCGGAGCCUUCUGCACGCUGCCUGCACACUGCGGGACGAUGCCUGCGCGCUGCUGCUGCUCCGCAAAGGCGCCGACCCACUGAAGGGCGAUGCCUCUGGGAACAACGCUCUGCACGUGGCAGCCCUUGAAGUGGAGAAGGGAGGAUGGAAAGUGUACACAGACUUGGUUGUGCCAAUACUCAAGCGCUGCCCGCAGUCCAUCGACGUAGCAAAUAAUCGGGGGAUAACGCCCCGAGACAUCCUGAGACGGGCCGAAGACCUCAUGGAGAGGAAUUCCAGGCAGAGCUCAUAUCAAUCUGAAGCGGCUCCAGACCUCUCUUCACAGCAGUCUUCAGAAUGGAGAGAGAAGCUCCUAGCGGAGAGUAUGGACGAAUAUCAAGAGUUGUAUGGUCAGUAUGAGGAGGAUUAUCCAGAAGAAGAAGAAGAAGAACCGGAGGUGGAGACCUUUGAGUCCUGGGCUGAUCGAAUCUACAGAGAAUAUCAUGCAAGGAGGGUGCAGUCUGAGCCUUCUGGAAAAAAGAGCAAAAAGGUCGCUGUGCAGGAAUCGUCCAGGGUCACAGAGGAGAAGACAUAUUUACAGAGACAACAACAGAAGGAGAAGGAAGUGCGGGAGGUGCACGGCAAGCGCUAUCAGAAGAAAUGUGAGGAGGUGUUCGGAAGAACCAAACCUGGAGAGGAACAUGUGAAGAACAAUGAGAAGGUUACAGGAGGAGACGGUGAAGCCAGUGGUCAGGGCUCCACCAGUUUCGGGAAUAGUCUUGGAACUUUGGGUUACAGUGACAUCCCAUGGCCCCUACCAGGAGGGACUCCUGAACUGAUGGCACAGACCAUUGCUUCUUGUGGUGACCCCUCAGAUACAGCCUCGUAUAAACGUUACCUGCGGGCACAGAGGGUGACGUGGCAUCCUGACCGCUUCAUGCAGAGAUGUGGUUCACGUCUGGUGGCCAAAGACCGAGAACGUGUGCUGAGAACUGUUACAGCCUUGUCACAGGAACUGAACAGACUAGCAGAGAUGACCAAGUGAUGGGAAGACCCCAUCUUGCACUACCAAAUGUAACUUUUUUUAAAGGGGUACUCCGCUGCCCCAGCAUUCAGAACAUUUAGUUCCGAACGCUGGGUGGGGGCUGCGGGGGUAAUGACGUCAUGGCCACAUCCCCUCUUGACGCGUUGCCAUGCCCCCUCCCAUAGACUUACAUUGAGGGAGGUGGGGUGUGACGUCAUGAGGGGGCGUGGCCGUGAUGUCACAACACCCGCAGCCCGCACAAAAUACAGUAGCUGGAAACCUUAAUCUUAUUUUUUUUUUCCCUGCUCUUUUUAAAGGGGUACUCCACCCCUAGACAUCUUAUCUCUUAUCCAAAAGAUAGGGGAUAAGAGGUCUGAUCGCGGGGGUCCUGCAGUUGGGGGUCGCGGGGGGUCCUGCAGUCUCUGUGCAGCACCCAGCGUUCAUUUAGAACACUUGAAGUGGAAGGUGGGGGUCGU